ACCUGAGGAACGUCUUCGUUUUUUCUUUCCAAAAUCCUACAAUUUUCUCCUCUCGUAAUUCUUACUCUCGCCAAUAUUUUUUCCCCGUCAAGUCAUUGAGAGAUUCAGUUCGAGAGUGAGACCAAAACCUAAACAUGUCUGGAACCGAAAUGGGAAGCAGGGAGCAAUUCUCGCUUGGGAUGCACAGUCUCCAACAUCAGCAUCAGCAUCAGCAUCAGCAUCAACCUCAACUUCAUCAAAACAUGCGAUUGGACUAUGCUGCUGAUGGCACCGCUGUUUACGCUGCCAGUACUGUUAACAUGAACGGUGGAGAAUCCUCUGCUGCAGCAGUGCCCCAGGGACUAGGCCUGGGCCAGGGCCAGGGCCAGGUCCAGGUCCCGGCCAUGAUGGGUGGUUCUUCAGAAACACUGAAGAGAAAGAGGGGUAGGCCCAGGAAAUAUGGGCCUGAUGGUACCAUGUCGUUGUCCUUGACGACUACCCCUCCUCCUGCUUCUUCGGCCGCCGUGCCCGUUAGCCACUCUGGUGGGCAGUUUCCACCUGCUUCUGCUUCUGAUUCUGCCUCACCUGGUUCCUUGAAGCGUAGAGGCAGACCUCGUGGCUCUCUCAAUAAGAAUCCCUCAAAGUCUUCUUACGGGUCAGGAGCUACAUUUACACCACAUGUCAUUACUGUGAAAGCUGGAGAGGACUUGUCAUCCAGAAUUAUGGCACUUUCUGAGAAUGAUUCAAGGCAUGUUUGCAUCUUAACAGCAAAUGGAGCCAUAUCCAAUGUUACACUUCGGCAACCCUCCACAACUGGUGGAACUGUGACUUACGAGGGGCGAUUUGAGAUCCUGUCACUUGGUGGUUCAUUGUUUAUUGCUGAAAAUGGUGGGCAGUGCAGCCGCGUAGGUGGACUGAGUGUGUCCUUGUCAGGGCCAGAUGGCCGUGUAUUGGGUGGUGGAGUUGCAGGUCUUCUGAUAGCUGCAUCCCCUGUUCAGGUAGUUUUGGCAAGCUUCGUCUCAGAUGGUCGCAAGGCAUCCAAGUCUGCAAAGCGGAUGGGAAAUGUAUCUGCUCCCCCAAAGGCUUCCACAGCAGGCCAAAGCAGCUCGCCAUCACGUGGCACUGUUAGUGAGUCAUCGGGUGGGCCUGGAAGCCCGCUAAACCAAAGCACAGGAGCUUGCAAUAACAAUAACCCAGCACAAGGCUUUUCAGGCAUGCCUUGGAAGUAAAGCUCUAAUCCUGUUGCUACAUUUUGUUGUAGGUUUGGCACUUAUUAUGUUAUCACUUGUGUGUCUCUUUCAUGCUCCAAGUAUUGGGAGACUCACAUGUAACAUUAGCUCUGUGUUAUAUUAGUUCUAGAAAUAACAUUUUAAGGGAUACAUUGUGUGGUCUCUUAGCUUAAUUUCGUUUGAUAUUGCGAAAGAUUUGUCCUUAGUCCUUGUUCGCUUGGGUGAUGCAAGAGGUUCAGACAGGAUCGGGUUGUGAUGUAGGAGCAUGUAGGAUCAUGAGAUGGCGGAGACUUUGUCAUCCGUAAAUUGUAAUUUGUUGUUUACUGUCGGUCUCGUGCCGAAACUUUCUCCUUGUUACCCAGUUCUUGGGGUCGUAAUUACUAAUCUAUUUAGACUUUA